UCGCGCGCCGCCCGGUCCUUCCUGAGCACUGAGGCCGGGCCCAUUCGUUUCGUAGCCGGAACCCGCGGGAUAUAUUCGCGUGGGCCUGCGCCAUGGCUGAAAGUGGCCGGACACCUCAGGCCCGGGCGCUCCUGCAGCAGUGCCUGCAAGCCCGGCUGCAAGUACGCCCCGCCGAGGGGGACGCCGCGGCCCAGUGGGUGGAGGUUCAGAGAGGAUUAGUGAUCUACGUGUGCUUUUUCAAGGGAGCUGAUAAAGAACUUCUUCCCAAAAUGGUUAAUACACUGUUAAAUGUGAAAUUAAGUGAAACAGAAAAUGGCAAGCACGUCUCUAUACUGGAUCUACCUGGCAACAUUCUUAUCAUCCCUCAAGCCACCCUUGGGGGGAGAGUAAAAGGAAGAAACAUGCAGUAUCACUCUAACUCUGGCAAAGAAGAAGGGUUAGAACUUUAUUCCCAAUUUGUGACUCUCUGUAAAAAAGAAUUAGCUGCUAACAGUAAGUGUGCCGAAGCUGGGGUUGUGGUAGAACACGGCACUUACGGGAACCGGCAGGUGUUGAAGCUUGAUACCAAUGGACCAUACACACACCUAAUUGAGUUUUGAGAAAUUAAAAGUUUCUACAGUUGUUUUCUGGUAUAAAAUGAUCUGGGGUAUAAUUAGAUUUUCUUCCCCUCUCCUUGAGUAUACUAAUCUGCAGCAUUUUUAGGCAAGAAAAUCCUGGGUCCCAUCCAUAACUCUGCAGCCUGCUUAAUCGGAUGAUCUUGCCAAGUAACCUAAACUGUGGAUCUCAGUCACCCUUUUUCCUGCUUUCCCUACACAACACUCAAGAAUUUGAAAAAUGCCUUCUAUUCACUUUAUGGGCAUUGAUAAGAACAUGGAAGUGUUCUUAGCUGUACUUAAGCAUUUUGUAGUGAAAUUUUCUGCAGUCAAGAAAAAUGUAUUUCUUAUACCCUCAAAUGUACUAGUAUGUAAUAAAAAUCAUAUUUGUAUCAAAACUAGGUAAAACCUAGCAUAAACUGAUUAUAAUUUUAUUAAUUUUGUUUUAGUAUUUCAGAUUUCCAUAUUUUGAAUGGAAAAAUAUGCAAUUUACUAUUCUUUUUAAUAAUAUCUAUGAAAGUAUAAUAUAGAAAUGUUAUUGUGCAUUUUAGUAUUACUUUCUAAGGACAUCCAAGUGCUUUAAAUUUUUUUAAGAAUCUUUAGUUAAUAUAGGAAUGUGGUAUGGGGGAUUAAACGUUGUUUUUAUUUAAUAUACCAAUGGGUUAAUAUCUGUUCCUCUUUGUUUUACCAACACAAUGUAUGUCUCAUGUUCUGUCUUUGGUUUUUAAAAGUUACUGCUUCAUGAAAUUAGUGUUCAUAAAAUUUUCAGGAAGUUCCUUUCUUGUCAAUUUAGACUGCUGUAAAAGGAAUAAAAAGGGAAGCUUUCUACUGGAAUUAUUUGAAAACAA